AUGGUGAACAAUUCCGCCCAAGCUGCAGCUGUGGAACUUUGCUAUGAGAAUGUGAACGGAUCCUGCAUUAAAACCUCGUACUCACCGGGUCCUCGAGCAAUUCUGUACACAGUCCUUGGUUUUGGGGCUGUGCUGGCCAUGUUUGGAAACUUACUGGUUAUUAUUGCUAUCCUUCACUUCAAACAGCUGCACACACCUACAAACUUUCUGAUCGUGUCCCUGGCCUGCGCUGACUUCUUGGUGGGGGUGACUGUCAUGCCCUUCAGCACAGUGAGGUCUGUGGAGAGCUGCUGGUACUUCGGGGAGAGUUACUGUAAAUUUCAUACAUGUUUUGAUACUUCCUUCUGUUUUGCUUCUUUAUUUCAUUUAUGCUGUAUCUCUGUUGAUAGAUAUAUUGCUGUAACUGAUCCUCUGACUUAUCCAACCAAGUUUACUGUCUUGGUAUCAGGCAUAUGCAUUGUUCUCUCUUGGUUCUUUUCCAUCACCUAUAGCUUUUCCAUCUUCUACACUGGGGCCAAUGAGGAAGGAAUCGAGGACUUGGUUGUUGCUCUCACCUGUGUAGGAGGGUGUCAGGCGCCACUGAAUCAAAAUUGGGUUCUACUUUGCUUCCUUCUAUUCUUUAUACCCACUGUCGCCAUGGUGUUUAUAUAUGGUAAGAUCUUUUGGGUGGCCAAACAUCAGGCUAGGAAGAUAGAAAGUUCAGCCAGCCAUGCUCAGUCUUCCUCAGAGAGUUACAAAGAACGGGUGGCAAAGAGAGAGAGAAAAGCUGCUAAAACAUUGGGUAUUGCUAUGACAGCAUUUCUUGUCUCUUGGCUGCCAUACAUUAUUGAUGCCGUGAUUGAUGCUUACAUGAAUUUUAUAACUCCUCCUUAUGUUUAUGAGAUUUUAGUGUGGUGUGUUUAUUACAACUCAGCUAUGAAUCCCUUGAUAUAUGCUUUCUUUUACCCAUGGUUUCGGAAGGCAAUAAAACUUAUCAUAAGUGGUAAAGUCUUAAGGAGAGAUUCGUCAACAAUCAAUUUGUUUUCUGAGGAAGCAGAUAUAGAGUGA